AUGAGAAAUUCAAGAUGCUUAAGACUUGUUAUUAUUCGGCAUUCAACUGAUGCCAUGAACCAGAGAGCAGGUGAUUAUGUUCCCAUUAGAGAUGCUGAGGACGUCCAACUAGGAAUGUUUGACAAACCCCUUCCUUGCUUUGGCUGUGGAAUUGGAUGGUUUUCCCUUUUGCUUGGAUUUGUGUUCCCACUAAUGUGGUACUUCUCAGCAAUUCUCUACUUAGGGAAGUACUAUAACAAGGAUCCAAGAGAGCGAUCUGGCCUUGCUGCCUGUGCAAUAGCUGCUAUGAUGUUCACAGUAGCUGCGGUGAUCACUUUACUCGUUUAUUUGUUGUGA